AUGGACUCUGAAACUGACCCAGGGAGUACUAUUCCCCGUUUACUCGACCGCCUGCGUGGUUGCCAACUACUUAUCCCCGACCUUCGCCCAGCCUUCGCAACAUGGAAGCAGGGCGUCAAUCCGCUACAUGGAAAAGUCAAACAAGCUGUGGAUGCCCGCCUGGAGGGACUAAUCGAUGACGACAAGGCCCUAGCCAAGGUGAAAGCCGCGGAUCUGGGCCUGUUUGCAUCGGGGUUAUUCCCCGACGCGACGUAUCACGUCCUCGAGACGGCCGGGUUCUACUGCGUCUGGUUGUUUCUGUGGGACGAUGCCAUUGACAGUGCCGCUGCUACUACCACUACCACUACCAGUAGUGCUGCUGCCGGGGUGGUGGCACCUGGUGAAGUGCUUGUUGUAGCCCCGGACGAGUACUGCCGCGAGUCUGUCGCGUUUGUGCAGUACCACAUCGGUCUGCAAGUUGGCGAACCUGAGCCCAAGGCACCCACCAAGGUGUGCGAGAGCUUUGCCGAAGUCGCAGGGCGGGUUGCCGCCGAGUUCUGCCGAGGAGAGGCUGAUAAAAGGGAGCUGUUUCGGCACUUGAAAGACUACAUGGAGGGCUGCUUGGCCGAGUACAGGGGGAUGAAGUUGGGGAGGAUGCCGACUGUGGAUGAGUUCUACUCGUGGCGGUUGAGGACGUCGUCUGUGGACGCGAUGUUGUGUCUGUGCAGGAUACUGAACGGUAUAUCGCUCCCGAGCGAUGUCCUGGAUUCGGAAGCCCUGAAAGUAAUGGGACUCAAGGUCAACAAGCUCCUCAUCCUUAUAAACGAGCUGUUUUCGCUCAAGAAGGAAUUGAAAGACGGAGCGUCUACAAACCUGAUACCCAUCAUCAUGUGGGAAUCUGACCUCGACCUGGAGCGCGCUGUGCAGCAGGUCGUACAAGACAUUUACGACUGCGCACGAGAAUUCGAUAGCCAUGCAUCUUCCCUUCAGGCUCUCGUCGCCAAGGAACAUGGAGCUGGCGUUGCUGACCAGUUGCGGCGGCUAAUCGAGGCAUACCAAGCGAUUGCGACCAGCCCCAACAUCCGAAUUGCAAUGACGAAUUCUGCGACCUUUGACUACCCCUCGCCGCUCGCCGGCUAUGAGACAGCCCCGCCGCUACCCACCGAGCGAGCCGAAGACGGGAAAAGCUACCGCAACCCGCAGACGGGGAUCCUCAGCAGUGCUUACAACAAGUUCAUUGAACCCCUGGACAAUGGUCGAAGGGGUGCAUUCGACGUUCACGUCUACUAUUUCCAGAACAAUCCGAACCAGGCAAAAUAUGCCCGGGAGCUGUGGGAACGCAUCCGGAGGGAGUUCCCGGAACUGCGUAUCUACACGCUCUGGGACCGGCCAAUUGGCCCUCAUCCGGUCGCCAUGUUCGAAGUGAACCUCUUUACGCCGGCCCAGUUCGGCGCCUUCGUUCCCUGGCUUGCCAUCUGGCGCGGGCCCCUCUCUGUCCUUAUCCACCCCAACACGACGGAGGAGAACAUGUCGGAGGCUGAGCGAGACCUUGCGAACCAUACCACGCGCGCCAUUUGGAUGGGCGAACGGAUACCGCUCGACGUCUCGCUGUUCACGGCACAUAUCCCUACCGUGAGUCCUUCAAGAGCCAGCGAUGCUUGA